CGUACAACAACCACCACCACCACCACCGUCCUGCUCAGAGAUGCACUCUGUCCAGUAAUUGCAUUCCCAUCCAUCACAACCGCAAUGGCCGCUGCAAUAACCAAGCUGCCGCCUGUGCGGCGCAGUCCCACCACCCUCCAGUACCUCGAGUACAAGCACAAAGUAAAAUUAGACAAGCCCUAUUUCAAGCCCCGGUUUACGUUCAAGAUCGAGGAUAGAAAGCAUACACUAUUACGACCAGAAUUCCGAUUCACGGAUCCGUUGAUGCCGCCGUAUCCCUACGGCAAGAAUGCUGCGUUCAGAGAAGCAAAUUUUGGAUUGUACGGAGGAGCGACGUUACAGUCAGGAAACAAAAUCUCGAAAGGGCGGAACAAGGGCAAGACACUGCGCAAAUGGUUUCCCAAUGUCAGAAUUGAAACGUUCAGAAGCGAAGCACUGGACACAGAACUCAAAAUCCCGGUCACAGCCCGUGUGGUGCGAACGAUACGCAAAUGUGGUGGUAUUGAUGAGUAUGUGAUGGGCACAAAACCUGCGCGGAUAAAGGAACUGGGGAUGCUAGGCUGGAAGCUCAGAUGGCUCGUAAUGACCUCUCCCAAGAUGCUCGCGAGAUUCGACAAGGAGAGAGCCGAACUGGGCCUGCCCCAGGCGACUUCACUUAGGGCAGCUUUCGAGGAUGUAUGGAAUGACAAUGAGCAGAGAACGAAACUCCUCGAGCAACAAGAACUCGCCUGGUCAGACUUGCGCCAGGCUGCCAGCAGAUUUGAAGAGCAUGUACGGAAACAUUGGAUCGAAAAUGGCGAAGAGGUUGAUUACACAAUCCCGGAAAUGCACACACUACAGAGGAGGAGGCCUACUUCCUAUCCCCUGCCAGAAUACCUGGAAGGAAAUCUCACCAAGGACUUGAACAAAAUGACUUUGAAGGAGCCGACAGCGCAGACCAAUUGAAUUUGGGAGAUGAAGGGCCCCAAGAUUUCUGACCAUGAGCAGGCAACACCUGACGUUGUAUGAAGAAUUGGUCUGCACUGCUAUCAGUUCUUAUAAGUCUCUGCAUUGAGGCUGAUAUCACAGCAAGCUGGCCGUGACCAUCACCAAAUUCCAGUAACAACGAUGAACAGCCCCAGCGUUUAAUGGCUACUUUUGCCCGCUGACCGAAGAACCUGUUGGUAUAUCUGGUCGAAACCUGUCCACUCGAACAAUGGAAAUGCGGACUUUGAGAAAUGUAGAUUGUUAUUCAAGGCAGGAUAGGACGUGGUAUCAGUUCAUCCCACACUAUUUAUUGUACAAAAGAAAAUUGCAGAGUAUAUUUACGGCCGUCGAAGGCUAAUAUUCAUCCCUAUACCAAUUUCAACUCGUUCU